CUCGAAUUUCAAUUUCUUCCUCACCAUCCUACUCGUAGUCACAGUUGCUCCCUCCUUUCUUUCAACCGUCCCCAUGGCAGCUCCUCGAAUCCUCCUCGCCGGCGAUGUCUUUGGCCGCCUCAACCAGCUCUUCAAGCGCGUCCAAUCGGUGAACAAGUCUGCUGGUCCCUUCGACGCACUCUUCUGCGUCGGCCAGUUCUUCCCCGACUCGCCGGAGCGGCUUGAGGAGUUCAUGAACUACGUCGAAGGCCGCUCUUCUGUCCCCCUUCCUACUUACUUCAUCGGCGACUAUGGUGUUGCCGCUCCUAAAGUCCUUUCCACUGCAUCCAAGAACUCUGCCAACUUAGGAUUCAAAAUGGACGGUCUCGCCAUAUGCGAGAAUCUUCACUGGCUUAGGGGCAGCGGCAAGUUCUCCUUCCAGGGUUUGUCCAUUGUUUACUUGUCUGGUAGAAGCUCAUCGGAGGGUCAACAAUUUGGUACAUACAGUCAAGAUGAUGUUGAUGCUUUGCGAGCAUUGGCUGAGGAAUCUGGAGUGGUUGAUCUGUUCUUAACUAAUGAAUGGCCAAGUGGGGUCACAACUAGAGCAUCUUUGGCAGAUGUUCCUGCCGAAGCAUCAGAUUCAUCAGGGUGUGAUCCUGCUAUAUCAGAGUUGGUAGCCGAGAUCAAACCACGGUAUCAUAUUGCAGGUACUAAAGAUAUAUUUUAUGCCCGGGAACCUUAUUCCAACACCGAUGCUGUGCAUGUCACUCGUUUUUUGGGCCUUGCUUCAGUUGGAAAUCCUAAGAAACAGAAAUUCAUCCAUGCAAUUUCUCCUACUCCUGCAUGUACUAUGUCGGCCUCUGAAAUCAGCGUGAUGCCUUCAAAUGCUACCUUAUCACCAUAUACGUUUGAAGAGCAAACAGGUCGCCUUAAAGAAGUCACCAAGCGGCCUGGUGAUAGCAUGUCUGAUUCACAGUAUUGGCGAUAUGAUGUUUCUAAAAAGAGGCAGAAGUCUGGAGAUGGGGAUGGAUUAUGUUUUAAAUUCAUAUACACUGGUUCUUGUCCAAGAGGUGAACAAUGCAACUUUCAGCAUGAUAUGGAUUCAAGAGAACAAUUUCGCAGGGGAGUUUGUCUUGAUCUCCUUCUCAAGGGAAAAUGUGAGAAGGGCCUAGAGUGCAGCUUUAAGCAUGAGUUGCAGAAUGAAGCUGAGAACCCUCCUCGAAGAAGAGUCGGUUCCGGAAGUAUGACUGCUAACAGGUCAAAAGAAUGUUGGUUUUGUUUGUCAAGCCCGAAUGUGGAGUCUCAUUUAAUCAUUAGUGUCGGAGAAAACUACUAUUGUGCACUUGCUAAAGGCCCACUCGUGGAGGAUCAUGUACUAGUAAUACCAAUCGAGCAUUUGCCCAACACCUUUACUCUUUCCCAAGAAUUUGAGUCUGAACUGGUUAGACUCCAUGACAGUCUCCAACUAUACUUCCAGAAUCGGCAAAAGGAAGCUGUUCUGUUUGAAUGGGUUUCUAAGCGGGUUUCCCAUGCCAAUCUUCAGGUUGUUCCUGUUCCAUCAUCAAGGGCAGCUGCUGUUCCUGAUAUUUUUAACAUGGCUGCUAAAAAAAUGGGGUUUAAAUUAGUUUCCAAGAAAUUCGACAACAUUUUGGACAGAAGAAAGUGGUUGAGGACACAGUUUGAUGAGAAUAGUAAUUUCUUCUAUGCUGAGGUCCCUGAUGGCACGAUACUAACUCUUUCAGUUGACGAGAAUGAGAAAUUCCCAGCACAGUUUGGACGCGAGGUGUUAGCUGGCUUGCUAAAUAUGCCCGACAGGGCCGAUUGGAGGAACUGCAGCCUCAGCAAGGAAGAGGAAACAAGCGCUGUGGAAAAAUUCAAGGAAGGGUUCAAAGAGCUAGACCCCAAUUAACCAAUUUUAUUCAGGUUUGACCAAACUCACCACCCCCCAACCCUGUUUCAAACAAUAUCCAGGAUCCUAUUUCCUGUUAGCACCGUCAUGUUUCGGAUCUGUUGCUGCUGCCUGCCAACCCUGCCCAUCCAGGAUCCUAUUUGAUUAUAUGUCCUCUGAAAUAGUAGUCUGCCAGAAAAUCAAGGGAAUUUUGCUGUCUCAUUGGAAGGUUCCUUGAGAUCUAGGUUUCCUUUAGAUCCCAACCAAAUGUUUGCGGGUGAGGGUUUUUUAUAAAGUCGAAGGAAGUCUCUUUUCGGCCCUUUUUUUUAAGGGAAAUGAAGGAAUGGGAGGGGAAGUAGGGGUUCCAAUUUACAAGGUGUCUUCCCACAUGGGGAUGAGAAACAAAGUAAGUUAGAGAACUUUCUCUUUUUAAUUUCUCUUUUUUUUUCCCCUGGGUGGUGGGAGAAGAUGGUCCCGUUGGCUUUUUAGGCUCUAAAUUCUUCAGCUGCUUGAGGAAAACGGCAAGUUAGGCUGCUGCCUGAGGAACUCCCUUUUUCCCCUUUAUGAGGUGGUGGGGGAUUUGCCGAAUUGAAGGGGAAGUAAGAGGCAAAGAAAGUGACUUGUAAUGUGUGGAGUCAGUUAAGUUGACGCCUUCGAGCAUGUAUUAAAUAUUUGGGGUAGAGAAGUUAAGGAGGUCUGGGUGUUUGGUACCCGGUCCAGCUUGUUGACAGAGGUUCUAGUGCAAGAGCAUAUUGGAUAGUACGGGCCUGUAAUCUCACUCGUUAGAUGCACGUUGUUCGUGUUUUGGGUCGGAGGGAUUACUAGCCUUGUCAUUUGAUGGUGUCAAUAGAUGCAUCGAUUCCAUCAGCAUGGCAUGUAAUCUCGCUCGUUGGAUGCAUGUUGUGUAGGUCGGAUAGGAUGGAUUACCAACCCUUUCAUUUGAUGAUGUCAAUAGAUGUAUUGAUCCCAUCAGCAUGCUAGCAAAUAUUUGUUCAUAUGUGUUGGCUUAGGUUUAGAAUGGACAU